ACUGAGGCUCUUUGUUCAAUUUCGCCUACUGUAGAGGCGUAUUAUGCAUUUUAAUUACCUUGUCACCGUCUUUGAGGAUCUACAAAACAAUUUAACAGGAGCCUAAAUCAAGAAAAUAUCUCACUGAAUCACUUUCAUGCUGAAAUCUGAAGAUCAAGAUGAGGAUUGCGCCAAGAAUGGCUAUGAUUUUUUGAAAUCAAGCUUAUCUGGCAUUAUAACUCAGGAUACACGCACUAGGAUCGACACACUGAUUCAGGAAGUUGCCUCCUUGAAAGAUGUUGAAAAGCUUCUUUUUUGCCUACUUCUCCCGGUGGAUAAUACUCACGGUUCUCAUUGUAUCAGCAAUACUUCUUUUGGCUUUGCGGGUGAUGAACUGGAAGUUUCCUCUGGUUACGACGUCAAUUCUCUGGGUAUUGGCCUUUUCUCACCGGGUGGACAGUCUUCGCUUCACUUAUCCAAUCAAGUAGAGCAAAGUCAAGCCUACACGUGGAUUAUGUCUCAUCUAGAAGAAGAUCCAUCAACUUGUUUAAGAAAAGAUGAAGUAUACGAUGACUACAGAGCAUAUUGUGAGAAGCACCACAUGAAAACUCUAAAUACGGCAGAUUUUGGAAAGGUCAUGAAACGUGCAUUUCCAAAUGUAAAACCACGACGUUUGGGUCAACGAGGACAGUCUCGAUACUGCUAUGGUGGAAUGCGUAAAAAGACAGAAAUUCAACCACCCUACUUACCUGAUCUCACCAAUGAAGCUCUUGGUAUUAAUUCUCAAAACAUAUCUGGAAGGUCUGUUGGUUCACCUGGAAGUAGUUCUGGUGGAAGCUUCGAAGCUGGGUCUCAAAGGCAUAUGUCAUCAAAUAGUCCACUAAUUCGUCUUUUAAAAUCCAAUGGAUCUGAUGCUGAUAUUAGCAGUUGGGCUGAUGAUCCAUCUGUGCGAACUGUUUUAGGAAUUCGUGGUUCCGUCGUCGCAGACGUGGCUCAUAUUCUCCUGGAAUAUGGUCACCAAGUUUUUGGCAUACAAUUCAAGUCACUAUUUCAGCUCGCCCAACAUCUUGUUGCUAACCGUUAUGUUAAUUCUAGGUCCAAACAUGCGUUUGCUUUGAUCGCUCAUGCUGCUAAUCCUCCGAGCUCCUUUUCACCACCACCCUCUACAGCCCUUGCUGAAAUGCUCCAAAAAGGCUCUGUUAAAUCAGCAUUCGGUAAAAUACAAAACAAACGUCAGAAUUCGUCUACAAGUGAUUUAUCAUCCUGUAAAUCGGAAUGUACUAAAAAUGAAAGUUUUCAUCCACCUUCAACAAACAAUGUUGACUCUCCAGUUACCAAUGUUUCUCGGUCAACUGUACCAGAUAAUAGACAUUUAAAUCUUCCAAUUCCUAACCUCAAUCAUAAUUUAAAUAAUCAUGGAUUACCAUCCGUCCCAUCUCUCAUUGGUUCUGGCGAUAACCCUGCUAUGCAAAUGCCUCAUUGCAGUACUCCUCAACGUGGUAACUGUUACAAGCCCUAUGAACUACAAACUUCUUUGCCACAAACUAGUGGGGUUGGUGCAUAUACAGCUGCUGUCCUGGCAUCUCCGUCUGCAUUACACUCUUCCCAUCAACAAUUGUCUAAUAACCCAUUCAGCUUUACUCAGAACUUCCGAAAUAACUCGAUCAAUCAUCCAUAUUCCCAUAGUGGUACACCUGGGUUAACACAUCCAUCUACAGCAAUGGCAUUGGCUGCGGCAGCUGCUGUUGCAGCACAUCAAAAACAACAGUCUGGUGUGUCAAACUUUCCUUCAUGUGUUUUGGGGUCUAAUUUCCCUUCAGCACUUGGUCCAAUUCCCGGUCCUAUAUCGCCAUCCGUUGACUCACGACAUAUUACUGCAAACACUAAUACAUCUACCCCUCCUAUUGCCCACACCGAAAAACAUACUAGCAUUUUGGAACCAUCCACACCAAAGUCUCAAUGUGAUUCCGCGUAUACAAACUUGGGUGGUUAUCAUUCUCCGAUAACAAAUAGCUCAAUGUAUCCAGCCCAUCAAAUUACAUCUCCAUACCCCAGAUCCCAGCAACCGCCUGCCCCACUCCCUCCUGGUGUAGGUGCACGCAGCCCAUAUGCCCAAGUGUCGCAUCUAUCUGCAGCGAGUACGGACUGUAGUCAAGUAGGGUUUAAGCGAACUGUCCUACCACAUCCUGGAGAAGCCCCAGGUGCAUAUGAACCAUCGCCACGAUUUCACCUAGGCGGUCAAAGUCCCAAUAAACGUGCUCGUUAUUUAUCUACAGCCUCUGGUUCGAGUUCUAAUUCGUUAUCAACAGAUGGUCCACCACUCAGUGGUGGUAGUUUUCCAGAAGGUAAUGAACGGUAUUCUGAACAAGCAGCACCAGUCAUUACUCAUAACGCCUUAGCUGUUCCUUCACCUGCAAGCAGUGGAAGCAGUUCAUCUAAUCCCCCUCAAAUUCCAACCAACCCUACAGGAUAUUCUGGAUCAUGUGGUACUUCCCGGCAGUACAGCGUAAACACUCUUGAUCAAUCACCAUCUAUGCCUUCUCCUUAUUAUCCUGGUCGGUAUGAAGGACUUGAGAUGCAUAGCCCUGCACCACCAUCACAUGGACUUCUAAGACCUCAUCAUGUACAAAACAAUACCGGGUCGUCGAAUUCGUCUUGGAAUAUUCCCGGUCCAUUAUCAUCUAAGACUAAUCUGUUUGAUCAGCAGCCAUCUGAUUAUGUAAUAAAUUCUAGAAGUCAGAGUUAUAACCCCAAUCUUUCUGUUUCUACCUCUGAACGUACAAAUGUUGCUACAGUGUUUCGUCCCCCAAUUACCCCGUUUACUCUGGAGCUGGAAAGUGAAGAUGAUGGAGACAACUUGCCUAGGUUAGGCACUUCUCCAGGACCACAAAUACCUCCUAGUUCACCCACAGAGUUCUUACCAUUUUACUCUGAAGCUGCUAAUAAAUCUGCUCAAGCUCAACUACGACAGAAACAUUUUACUGAACUUACUCCAAGGAUUCAUAAUACACCAGAUAGUGACGAUCGUGGAACAAAUUCUGAUAAUAGUUCUCCGUGUAUGACGCUUGUAAAUCGAGAGCGAUCGGAUAUUCGAAAUAAUUGUCAUAUUAAAUCUAACGAAUUUGUAACUACUACUCCAAUGACCAACCCUGUUUCACAUUCUGAUGAAGUUUUGUCCCCAUGUUCAUCAGAUUCAAACGAUCGUACUUUAACCAUUCUUGACAAUUUAGGCGAAGUAAAUACUCCGCCAAUGCCAGAUGGUUUGGCUAAUGCACCAUCUCCAAGCGAAGUAAUAAAAACUAGUUCCAUGGUGCGAAAACGUGAAGAAUUACAACAUGAAUUGAGCACUCCUGGUCCAGCUGAUGGAAGUAGAUCCCCUUCUUGUCCCAGUAACGUAAGUUCUCUUGGCUUUGUUUAACUAUAUCAUUUUCUAAUCUCCAUAUUUUACCUGUUCUGUGCUAUAAUACUACCCAUAUAAUGCUCUGUGAUUUCUUCUAAGAUUUUUGAAUAGUUUAGCGCUUCCUCUUUCCUGUUUUUUUAGUUGUUUCGUAUAAAAACUAAAUGUACUUGCUUUUCUUGUCAACAUGCUAAGAAUAAAUCACAUUUUUCGUCUAUAUGCAUCAUUUAGGUCAUAAAUGUGAAAUUUAUUUUUUUAAAAAUCAUUGUCUCCAUCCCGUUUUCUUUUUAUUUAUUUCUUAUCUUAUUAGUUUUCACACUUCUGUUCGUAUGAAUCCGAUUUUUAACAGUGUCAACCUACAUCUCAUUGAUAGAAUGUGUUGAGUUUAUCUAACUCUGUGUACGGUUUAGAAUAUCCUUCCAUACCCUUAGUGAGCAUAAUACUUCGAAAUUCAAUAGUGUGUUGUUAAGUUCCUACAAUUUUGCAAUAACUAAAUAAUUUCUUGAAUUCUAGUGUCAGUCAGUUCGUGACCCUGUGUCUACGCUUUUUGAUGAUUAGCUAUCAUUAGCAUAGCAUACCUGCGAUCUCGAGUGAACUGAUUCUCGUGGGAUCCAUAUUCAAGUCAGUUUCAGGCAUCACCACUGGCCGAUGAGGACUGCAAUUGACUCUUUCCACGGUUGAAAUAUUUACAUUGACAACCAACUGGUAUCCAGUGCCAUCCUAGUUAAGACCUUUGUGCUAACAGUAUUCCAUCCAUCAAGUUUCAUCCUAAUUUUAUUUUUAAAAAACUUGAUUGUGACGGUUAACGUAGAUAAUCAACAGAGAACCUGACACAGAUUCGUCUCAGCUCGAGUUACCAUACACGAUGACGAGACAAGAAUAACAAAACAGAUCAAAAUAAUGUAGUAACAGUGAUAUAAAAGAAGACUGGAUCUUUGAAAUAUGGUUUAAAAAGACAGAGUGGAAAGAUAUAUGUGGGGAAAUAUGGCGACUCAAGUUUUACAAGGAUAUAAAGCAUGAGUGAACCUGUGCUAUUGUGACUGAUUCCUAGAAAUCACCUCGUCUCCAACCACUGGUCACGAUUAUAAUGUGGACCACAACUAAAUAAUCUGCAUCUACCAAAUCACUCAGACUUACAGUUAAUGACUUCAUGGAGUGAUCCUGCAUCUUAGUUCGGUCGUUCCUAGAUUUCUUCUUAAUUCCGCACUAGAAAGCGCCUCAUAUAGGUAGGUGUCGACAUUCAUACGUAACGAGUUCUGACCACGUCAGUCGUUUGUGAUUUAACAUAUCACGACUUCAACAUUGCUCAUUCAUUCCAUGAAAGAUAAUCAAUGUUCCAGGAUCCUUCAUAGAGUAUGUUUUGCAUCGGCAAAGUAAAAAAGGGCGAACUCCUGAAGUUUUUUUGUGGUUGUAUUGGUGCUUUCUAGGAAAAACGUUUGAUAACUAAACAAUAGAUCAGACUCUUGUUUUCUCUUUGGCAGCUAAGCUCUAUAUUUGUAUGAAACUCGCCAAUAUUUUCUAUCUUUUUCAGUCAGCCUCAGUUCAGUGUUCAAGUUCAGCAGAUGUGAGUAUCACAGCGUUUUGAAUUUUGUGUGUUCGUUUCACAAAGAAUAUAUCGUCCCGCAUUUACUUAUUUUCAAUUCCGUGUGUUAUUGUUGAGAAAAUAUUCCAUGGAUGAACACGCUUAGUUCAUUUUUUUAAAUUCAGCCAUCGUUCAUCUCGUGAUAAUUCUGGACAGUAGAUAACUACACAAAACGACACAAUCUCUAGAUUCUUUUUUUGAUUUAGCAAACGCUAUUCUACCUCCAAAAGGUUUUAAUAGGCAUUACUUUAUUUUUCAAACUUGAGAAUUCGUACAGCUUUUCACAUUUCACCUUAUUUUUUUAAAUACGAUUUUGAUAUGUACAUUUUUAUAUGACAGUUGUUUUUCUGUAUCUGUUCGUGUUUGGUGCAUUCCUCUUUUAUAAACUAUUUUUUCACUUGGUUUAAUCAAAACAACCAAAGAGUCUUUUACACUGAUAUCCGAUCAGUUAUAUAAUUUAAUCAGAUUCUCAGCUUCCUCUGUUACAUACUUUGGAUAGUUUUCCUACAAUCCAUUAGAUAAAUGACAGUGAAGUUGUGGUUAUAAGUUUUCCCAUUUUUACUGUUUAUGCAUAUACCAAAGUUUUGUAGUUUCAUAUUUGACCAACUGAAAAGCCUGUAAAGUUUUUUCUCCAUUUAUUGGCUGAAAUACCAUUCAUCUUUUUGAGUGUGAAAUUAAAUGCAUUUUAUUAAGUCA